AUGUCCGCUCACCAUGCUACAAACAUUAAAAUGGCUGAUCUGCUUUCUAAAGAUGCUGCUUAAGACUCUAACUCUAUUGAACUCUACCAGGAGAUUAUGAAGAAGUUGCAGUACUAUCUCAACCCAAAGCACCCUUUAAAUUCAAAAGCAAUACAGGAUUUUAGGGAAAUGCUGGCUAAUCCAGACCCUAAAGCUAAGUAAGAAUUCUUUGCAAAUCACCAAAGUCAUUUGAUGCACACUCCUGCUUAGCUAAAGUUAUUAUUCAAGGACAACCCAACAUACAAAGUAGAGUAUUCAAUUAAACAACCUAGACUUGGUUAGAUGCCUCACAAAAGAAUCACUACUGAACCCAAACUCAGCAUUACUAAGAAAGCAAUAAUUAGACCGAUGAAUAAAGAAGAGGUCUACUCAGCAAAAGAGUGCCAGCUCUAUGAAAAUUUCUAGCUCUUCUCCUUCUAUCUAUCAUCAGUCUUAUACUCAAUUAUCCCAUUCUUUCAAGAUGUAACAAGACUAAGAGUUGCAGAGUCAGGCAGAUUCGCAUAUGUUGAGGAUCCAAUAUAGCAACUGAGAUGGGAUUAGAUGAUCAGACACAUGAAUGAAAGCAUAUUUCCAGAGAUGAAAAUACUCUUACUGAAGUUUAUCUCGCAAAGAUUUCAAAACCAAAGUGAGGAGUAGUUUAUUGAUGUAGUUGAUGCUGGGGGUAUCAGUGAGUUUCUUGAGAACUAAGAGGUCAGCUUGCUAAUGAAAAAAUACAUUGAAGAGUUGAAAUCACUAACUACUUUUCAAAAUCAGGAUAUUACGGUUGAGCAAGAAAUAAAAAGCGAAGAAUAGAUUGAUAAAAAACAGUUAAUUGCUAAUAGCUGUAAUUUAAAGGAAUUAGCAUAGUUUUCAACAGAAAUCAAUUUCAUUAGCAAAGACCUAGACUUUGUCAUGGAAAAUAAACUAAUAAAAAAAUCAGAAAACCCAGUAAAAAGUAAUGAUGCAAAAGAGUAAGAUUAGCAAGAAGCUGAAGAAACUAUUAGUUUGGAUUUCAUCAUUGAAUCUGGAUCAUAAAAUGAAGCAAAUACUAAAAAAUUUGGGGUGUCUUAGGUGAGAAGAUCAUCGACUCUAAAAUCAAUUAUUUAUUAAUUUUAUCUUAAAAUAUUAUUUCCAUUCAACGCAAAAAUGAUGAUGGAAACAAGAUCUACUACUAAUAUCAAGAAAUAGUCUACUAGUCCUAAGCAAUUAAAGUCAAGUUUAACUAUAACCUCUCCUGAAUAAACCAGAAAUGGUAUAGGUUAAAAUAAAUUAUUGUCAAAACUAGAGUCCAAGAUACCCAGAAUAUUACCUAAGCCAACACCAAAGGUCAACACGGAUUCUGCAUAAAAUGGAGCUAAUCGUAAUGCAAUUAAGUCAAAUUAAAAUUAGAAAAUGAAGGUUAAGUCCAAUGAUAUUAUCAUGAAGCAGAAAAUGAAGAAGAUUAUCACUAGCAAGAAUUCAAAGUUGAAUAAGAUACUAAAAGAACAUCAUUAAUCUGGUGCACUUGAGUAAACUCCAUUCUAAGAAAAUAAAAUUGAUGUGAAGGAUGUAAUCUUAUCUGAAAAUGAAGACGAUUCUGAAGAAGAAAAGUAAGAGGAGGAAGAGUACUAUCAAAAUGAUGAGGAUGAGAUUAAUCUUUUGGAAGGCUACUAAUCAAAUGAUUUAUCAGAAUCAAGCGAGCUAGAAAGAUUAAGACAAGAGUCUUUGAGACAGAGAGGAUAAGAAUAACAGGAACAGAGAUAUUUUGAGUUUGAACCUGAGGAAAAAAUUAGGAUACUUGAGCAAGAUAAACCAAUAUUUAUCUCAUAAACUGAUUAAAAAAUGAUGAAAAGCUUUCAAAACAGCCCUAGUUAAAUUUAACAAGCUAAGCCUAAGGAUAAAGAAUAGAUAGAAGCUGAAAUGCUUAAGGAACUGCAAAUGCUUUAAGAUGAGGUAGAUGAUAAUGAAAAAGUACUUCUUAAUGAAAGUAACGAGGAGUCUAAUCUAAGCUCAUUCAUCGUACCUGGGUCAGGUGAUUUAAUUGAUGAAAUCAGUUAAAGAUCAAAGAAAGAUAGCUCUGUGCACAGAACAGAAUCAAUGCUACUUGAAAAGAAUAUCAAUGAAUUUAACUUUCCUAGAGGCCAUACAUUAGCCUUGGACAUGAUGGAUAAAAUAAUAGCAGAGAGCCAAGCCUUAAAAAAGAAUGAGUAAAAUGAAGGUAAUAGUGAUCUGAUUUCUUAAGAAUUCAAUUCAAGAACUCAGAGCUUUGAAUUAGGUUCAUUUAGAAAACAAAGAAGAAUAAGCGGGACACAGGAUGAUCCUCUUAUGAUAAGAAUGAAUUCCUAGAUGCUAAGCAAUGAAAAUAAAUUGGACUAUGUGAAUCCUAGUUCAGCCCUAGAAGUAAACUAAAAAUUAGAAUUGUUGUGGCAAUAAUAGCUUCUAAACAUUAGAUAAAUGAACAAUGAUACAUAUUCUAGCGAAGAUGAAUCAGAAGAUAAUCUAAAAAUUAAAAAGACUUAAAUGCAAAUAUAGAUGGAAUAAGAUAGGAAAGCCUUUGCAAGAGACAAUAUUCAGCCUAUUUAGAUUUAAGAGAUAGAGAAAAUGUAAAAGGACAAAGCCAAGUUAUAUAAAGAAUUUAGUUUACAGCAAAAAGAACAUGCUUAUGUUUAUAUGGAAUCAGAUAAAUUUGAUCAGAGCAGCGCAAGAAAUAAAUUUUUCAAAUCAUACACUUCAAAAUUAUUGAUGGAACUAAUACUUUUAUCCUUCAUUGAUGGCUACAAGAUGCACUCAUUAACCAUAUCUGAUUAUGAGGUGAGCAAAAGUCAAAUGAUAUUUCAUAAAAUGCUAGAGCUAUAGCCCAAAUGUCAUGAGGCUUACUUUGGAAUAGCUAAAAACUAUUUCUAUAUCAGAGAUUUCGAUAGAGCUAAAGAAAAUUUUUAGCUUGCAAUCAAAUACAAGAAAGAUGCAGUUUAUAUGAUAUGGUUAGGAUUCAAUAAUCUCUACAGAUCAUUGGAACACAACUAAUAGGUUCAGAAUUAAGAACUAACAGACCAGGAGAAAUAAUAAUGUGUCUUUGAUAUGAACAAAUCUUUAGUUGACAGUUUCAAUUAUCUCUCAAGAUGCAGUAAAAACAAGGAUGAGGGAUUUUUCGCAUGCUUUGGCAUUCUAAGAGUCAUAAUAGAAUCCCUUAAGAUGAACUAGCCUAUUAGGAAUGCAAAAGAGCCAGAGAUUUAUGCCAACAGAAUAAAGGAGUAUGAUACCUACUAUGGUUAUUUAGCAUGGUCCCUGAUUUAUAUGUACAUCAAAGAGGAUAAGGAAUAACUAGGAAUAGACGUAUUGAAGGACCUGAUAGACGAGAAUCCUAGCAGACCAGAGGCUUAUGUAAUUUUAUGGAACUAUUGCAACUAGCAAGGAAAUUAGCUUGUUAACUCUUUGGAUCUUGCAGAGAGAUUAUUUCUAUUCGCAGUAGAUUACAUUUGCUAUUAAGAAAAGUAAGAACUUAUCACUUAUGAUUGCAAUAAUAGACUUUUAAUAACUGAGAUUUACGCUAAAACUUUAUUUAUGAGCAAAGACUACAACAAGCUAUUUACCCUUUUAUAGCUGGAAUACUCAAAAGCUCCUCAUUAUACUUGUCUAUUGUACCUUUAUGGAAAGUAUGUAGUUCAGUCAGGAGAGCUAGAAUUUUAUGGAUCUGGAAUAGGUGCUCUAGAAGAAUGCAUGAGAACAACUCUAUUACCUCGGCAUAAAAACGCCAAAGUAAGCUACUUAUAUUUUACUGUUGCCUAGUUUUUCAUUGGAUAUGCUUUUGAUGUUAUGAAUAGAAAGCUUAAAGCUUAUAAGUAAACUAAAUGCUACUACAGAAUUAAAAGCUUGAUUGAGAUGAUUGAAGAACUAAAAGAUAGUAAUGAUGCUAAUCAAAUCAAAUACUUGAAAGAUUAGAAUCUAUUUUACCUUCACUAAAAACUUAUUGACUAUGAUCCUUUUGAGGCUGAAAUUUUCAAAGCUAUCUUCUAAUAUAAGGUUUAUGAAGGUUUCCUAGAGUAUCUUAGAUUCCUAAUCUCUAUUAAUAAUCUUAAAGCAGCUCAACAGCUUUCUCAGAUAAUCUUAGAUAGACUGGAUAUGGGAGAUUAGAUCUCAACUACAUUAUGGGUUGAAAGUCAUAUUUAAAUUGCUAAAUUAGACAAUAAAUCAAAUCGAAUUGAGGAUGCUUUGAAAACUCUGCUUAAACUGAGAUAAGUGCUUCCUCCAAUUGACCUUAAAUAAAUAAAAGAAUUUAGACUGCCAUUCGACUUUGACAAAUACUAUGAUUUUCCUCUUAGCGAAAAGUUCUAAUAAAAAAUGUUCAGGCAGGAUGAUCUAUAUGUUAUCGAGGAGAAGGAUGAAGACUUUACAAGAAGUGUCAUUCCAUAAUUAUAGAUGACAAGCAUGGUAGGUGUCAAUAAAAAUCACUCUCAUACAGCUUUUGCAAACAUUCAGUAAGAUAACCCAGAGGAAGAGACAAAGUAAGUACAUUAAUCUGUAUUGAGUGAGCUUAACAACGAUAAUGUCAUAUAAGAAGAAGAUGAAUUAGAAUAUGAGGGAUUUGACAAUAUCACUCCAAGGUAUGAAGAAAAAAGUGAUAUUGAUAUUGAGAGGUCAGCAAGGAAAUCGCAUUCAUAGUACAAGAAAAGAGAAGUAAGUAAUAAUAACAGGAAUCGUCGAAGUAUAGCAGCAGCUGUCGGUAAAAGCCUAUCUUCUAUUAUGUACUUUAACAAUAAUGCUUUUGAGAAUAUUUAUCAUGAUUUCAACAAUAAUAACAAUACUACUAAUACCAAGAGAUCAUCUGUCAGACAUAGUCAAAUCAGUGAGAUGAAUGAUUUAUUAGCAAUAAAUACGAACCAGAUUGUAUUGGAUGAUGAUGACAACUUUAAAGACUCAUCUUUUUCUGUUUACUCGAAUCCUAAAUUCCUUUAUCUUAUUGGAAAAAUGUGUGCUAGAGCAUAGAGUUAGAUAUUUGCAGAUCUAGCUUUACAUGAUUGUGAUAAGAUCCUUAAAGAUAUAUACUAACUUGCUUUUGAUAUUGGUGGUAGAUUAUUUGAUAAGUACCAAGAUGUAUAUUGCUCCCUAAAUAAAGUAAAGGGCUUUUUCAGACCUAAGAAUCUAACUAUAAACUAUUUUUACCCGGAAAAUGCUGAUUAAAAGUGA